UAUAUAUGCAAGAUUUUCAGAGACUUGAGAAGGAUUGAAACAGAGAAAAAUGGCCAUUGAAGGAAAAAUGCUUCAGCUCUACAACCUAAAAGAGCAGCAGUCACAGAUUUCCCAUCUACAAAAACACUUGAAGGACAAGAUGGAAGAGAUCCAAACACUCACCAUCACUAUAAAUUCGUUGAAAUCUGAAACAAAGUGUCUUCAAGAAGAGAUUAGACAAGGUACCAUGACAGAGAAACAGUUAAGGAUGGCUAAGCAGGUGAUUGAAGAAAUGCAGACAGAAAAUGAAACAAAAGCUAUUGAAGUGAAGAUGCCUCUAAUGAUGCUUGAGAAACAAGUAUCUGAAUUUCAAAGAAAUGAUUCCUCUUCCAUGGAUGCCAUAGUCAAGAAAAGGCUGAAAGCUGGCCAAGAUAUGGAGUUGCUGGUGUUGGAGAUGAAAAGGAAGAAAAGAGAACUUGAAUUUGAAAAGAGAGCAUUGGCUAUGAAGUUAGCCUCCGCUCAUGCCAAAAUUGCUGCUUUGGCAGAGAGCAAGCUCAAUCAUGCUAAGGUUGAGGAAGAAGCAAAUAGACUGAGGCAUGCCAAUGAGGAACGCAGCGGAGAAGUUGAGAAGCUGCAGAAGAACAGAUUUAACAUGGUAGAAGAACUAGUAUACCAACGCUGGCUUAAUGCCUGCAUGAGAUUUGAGUCCAAGAAUUACAAGUUACAAUUAAGAACAUUGGAAUGUGAUCAUCCAAGACCAAAAUCUCAUAAAAGACCUUGUAAGCAACCUGUUUUAGAUCCAAUUUUUGACAAUUCUUCUCGAACAUCUCGAAGCUCCGAGAGCGAAGAAAUUGACAGCUCCACCGUUUGGAGUUCUUCAAGUAGCCAAAGAAGUAUAGAAAAGAUAUCUAGUGUCAUUCAUCGCAUUAAAAGCUGGGGAAGAACAAGAAUAAGAAGACGAAGUAAGGAUUUGUCACAUGAUAACAAGUCUUCAACCCAAACUAGUCUAAAUCGCCGGUUUUCGGAUUCAUGGUACAUCAAAGCCAUCAAUAUUGAUCAGAAAACACAAAGAAGAUUUGGAGAAACCAAUCCAGUAAAAAAGAAGAAAAAGUCAGUAUGA